UGUCUAAACCAAUGCUGGUUAUCAUCAUCUCAUCAUUUCUUGUAAUUAACUCUUACAUUAGAGAUGAUUCUUGAUUAACCGAUUUCUCGAUUGUAACCCAAAUUUGCUCUAAAUAGUCACUAAACUUCAUCUGUUCAGAUUGUUUAAUUUGGAUAAAAUUAUUUACAAUCCUUGACUGUUCACUGUUGGUUUAGUUAAAGUCAGCUGAUCAAACUUUUAUUACAUCAAUUAAUAGAAUCAAUUGCUUUUUCCAUUUCAUGUUCCACAAAAUAAUGUUAACCAGUAUUUGGAUGGAAAUUUUCAUCAUUUUUAUUUCUUCGCUGGAUGAUUAUCAUGAUGAUCAAUGAAAUGUUACUAAGUUUUGUCUUCAAUUCAAUUACAACUGUCAUUUCAUCAACAUCUAACUCAAUAAAUCAACAUAUUUAUAACAAGUGGCUCACUCUGUAAUUAUAUUGCUUAUUGAUCAAACCCUUAUUAUUGUUAUUAUGAGCGUUAUUGCUUUCAACGUCAACAUUUUUGCUGUCUUCAGCACAAGUAGUGACUCUUUGUCACCAUUAGUUUAAUUUGUCUGUCAAUUGGAAAUAAUGCAAAUAUUCAUCAAAUUCAACUUUUAAUUUGUGAUUUGUGAUGAAUAACUAAUUAUUUUCAUUAUUUGUAUUCAACUGUUUUUAAACCAUGGACAUUCCAUUGAGCUAUUUACACAUUGAUCCAAAUAACAAUCAAAAUCCCAAUAAUGCUGACAACAACAAACUAACACCAAUUCAAAAGUAUGUUUCAUCUAAAUUGUGGUCCAGUAAACGCUCAACAGCAGCAAACAAACAAUCAUCGGCAUCAAAUCAGUCAGCCACAAUGAAACGUCGUGAUCAACAUCAUUAUCAACGUUACCGGUCAGGAUCAUCAUCAGACUCAGCAAUUACUCUUGACAGUCCAAUUGAUGAUGAAUCAACGGAAUUAAAUCAUGUUACAUCUGAUAUUGUUGAUGAUUUUAAUCAGUUGUCAUACCAUUUCAUUACAAUGGCUCUUGAAGAUGAAACAUUUCUUCAUUCAGAUAGAUUUAAUCAAAUGAUACCCAUAAUUAAAGUUCAUUGUGAUCCUAAUCGUUCAGAGUGUAAAGGUUCAGCUAACUGUGAUCAAUUCGGUUUCAUCAAAGAAACAGCCAAAGAUGAGAAAGAUCAACUGAUUGAUAUGAUAAAUUCAAUCAACAACUAUCGAGCCAAUAAAUUGUGGACCAUUGGUUGUGCUAAUUUGAAAUAUCUUAUUCGAGAAUAUGGAGUUCCAAAUGAGUUACGAUCCCAAGUUUGGAUGGCUUUUAUCCAGGCAAAAUUAGGUCAACAAUAUGAUAUUGAAAACUUAUUGGGUUUAGCACGUGAAGUAACCCUGAAUGGAGCCAAUGAAUCAAUAAUCAAACAGAUAGACUUGGAUGUGACCAGAACCAUGCCUGGCCAUAUUAUGUUUUCAACUGCAACCGGAUUAUCAAAGCUUCGACGGAUCCUGAUAGCUUAUUGUAUUCAUGUUAAUCCAUUUGUUGGUUAUUGCCAAGCAAUGAAUUUCAUUGCAGCUUUGCUUCUUCUCAUCUUUCAUGGCAAUGAAGCUCAAUCAUUAAUGGGUUUGAUUUGCAUCAUCGAUCAUUACUUUCCACCAAACUAUUUCGACGAACAAUUAACAGGAGCUCGAUCAGAUCAACUUUUACUUCGCGAUUUAUUCCAAGAAAGACUGGAAUCCGAACAAGACAAAGCUCUAUUCAAUGGACCACUUUUUGUCCAAAUAACCAACUCAUUGACACUCAAUUGGUUCCUCUCCUUAUUUCACAAUGCAGUACCUUGGCAGAUUCGUUUACAGAUAUUGGAUUGUUUUUGGAUUGAAGGCGUUAAAGUUUUAUUCCGAUUCAGCAUUGCUCUCAUUGAAUUGGGUCGUGAAGGCUUGUCUUAUCCUUUGAGUGAACUGGCUUCGGGUGAGAUCAUCAAUUCAAUCAAAGAAAAAUCUCGAAGAUGUUACGAUAUAGUUAAACUUAAAAGACUAGCCUUUCGAUCGAUUAAAAUACCCAAAAGGAAACAUUUAGCAGCUCGACGAUCAUUUUAUGUGAAACAAAUACUAAAUGGUUUAGAUGAUAUUGGAUACCAGAGUUCAUCAUUGAAUAGUUUAAUCAGCAGUAAUGGACCAUCAAGCAGUUCAAGUGUAUCGCCAGCAGGAAGCAGUCCUGAUGAAGAAGGCAGAAAAUGGUUGAAACAUAAAAACAGCGGUUUGUUGCGAGGAUUGAGCAUUAAUCAAAAGACAGGAUCAAUAAUGGAAGUUGCCAUAUCAAGUGAUAACUCAGUUGUUGUAACAACUGAGGAAAAUGGUACAAAAGAUGAAUUAAUUGUGACAACUUUGAACACAAUUUAUGGUAACAAGGAGAGUGAAAUGAUGAUUAAAAAAGUGGUAAUUAAAUUGUGCCAGCGACGUCGGUAUCAUCUAUUUGGUGUUGCCAAUGAUGCCAGUAAGAUCUACUUUUAUCAGGAGACAGUCAAAUUUUUACCAUGUCAGUUGAAUGAUAAAAUCAACAUUGUACGAAUUAAUUAUCGGGUGAAAUCAGCUUUCCAUGAUUCAUCUCAAAACAUAAGCUUUUUUAUUGGUUUCAACGGAAUUGUCUCCAGAAUUGAUCAUUCCAUAGACCAAAGUAACGAUGAAUCUAAAAUGAUUGAGACAAUCUCAUUGGACCAACGUAAAUGUACAAUACAAUCAGCAGCUUAUGAUCCCAUCAGCGGACAAUUAGCAAUUUAUGUCACUUCAUCAGGAACCAGUAAACUGUAUAUAUUGGAUACAUUCACUUUAGAUAUUUAUAACUGUUUAUAUAUUGAUCGUCUUAAUCAUCUUUCAUUAUCUUCAUCAUUGAUUUUUGCAUCGACUUCGGGUCCAAAUGAUUUGGAAACAAUUUAUCUGCUCGAUGGAACCACAAUUAAACAAUCACUUGUACAGAACACGGAUUCAAUUGUAGCAAUCAGGUCAUUCCUUUGGUCUCCAAAUGAUUCAAUGAUGGAUCCACAAUCAAAUCUUGAAGAUAAUUAUUUCCAUGAUCAACAUUCCAAACAAUCUUUUUCAUUACAAAAAUCAACAUCAUCAUCUUCAUUAUCCUCAGAAGUUGUAAACAAUGAAUAUCAAAAUCAUCUUCUAAUUGUAUUAUUUAAAACCUGUCGAUUGCUUUGCAUUCAAGUAACUGAUAAUAGAAUCACUCGAAAGCGAAGUUGUUCUCUUGUGAAUUUUACUCCUGAAAAAGCAUCCAUUGUAAAUGUUGAGACGAAAUCAGAUGAAAUUAAUGUAACAUUGUUUUCACCACAAAAUAAAUUAACCACUGUUAGUUUGUAAUUAU